GGUAGGCACUACCAAGCCUUGUGGAGCUUUCCUGCUGGGAGCAACUGUGAUCUGAAGUGGGACAAUGGCUGCCAGCUGGACAAAAGGCAGGUACCUCUUUCAAGGCAACUAUACCUGCUUGUAUGCUGUGCUCUCUCUUCUCCUCCUGGCAGCCUACCUGCCCUCUGCAUGGGCGCAGACGGCCCUGGAUGACUACAUCAAGCAGGAUGACCUUCAUUACAACUACACUGUCACAAAGAAGGAAGACAGGCCUGGCGUCACCCUCUACACCCUCAACAUGACCUCCCUGAAGUGGCUGAAUGAGUCUGAAGUGGAUAGGCCAGUUUGGUGGCAUGAGCUGUUCAUUGCUGUGUCAAAGGAACAAAAACUGAAGGACUCGUGUCUGCUGAUCAUUGGGAAUGGAAAAAAUGAUGCAUCUAAUACUAUCACAGAUUUUAGAGUUGAUGAUAUCAUCAAUCUAGCAAAAUCCACUGGGUCCUGUGCAGCGCUUUUGGGGCAGAUUCCCAACUACCCAAUCACCUACAAGAAAAUCCCUAUAAAAAGAUGCAAGAGGAGCUCUGAAAAUGCUGCAGUUGCUUGUUCGUGGUGGAAGUUCAUGAACGACGAGAGUGAGCCGCCACACGUGCUGAUUCAGUUUCCAAUGGUCAAGGCAGCUGUGCGUGGCAUGGACACUGUAACAGAUUUAAUGCUGAAAGAAUCUGGUGGAACGGUGAAGAUCAAAAAGUUCACAUUGACUGGUGUUUCCAAGCGCGGCUGGACCACCUGGGUCACAGCAGCUUUGAAGAAAAGAGUUGUGUCAUUUCUUCCAAUUGUCUAUGAUCAGUUGAAUUUCAUUCAAAACUGGCAUCAUCAAUACCGAGCAUACUGUGGCUGGUCAUGUACACGGAAUGAUUACUAUCACCUGAAUAUAACUCGGCAGUUGGACACUCCACGGUUCCAGGAAUUAAAUUCACAUGUUGAUCCGUUUGCAUAUAAUGAGCGAUACCAAAAUAAGACCUGGUGCUCAAUUGGUGCAACAGGAGAUGAGGUCAACCUGCCUGAUAACACUUACUAUUUCUUUGAUCAGCUAGCCGGGAAGAAAUAUAUCCGAUUCCUCCCGAACACUAAUCAUGCUGUGACAUUACUCCCAUGGAGUAAAGCAUCUGUCCUAGAGAUGUGCAGAGCCUUUUAUCUCAGCACCAUGCAGAAUUUGACCAUGCCUCAAAUUUCUUGGAAGAGGGUAGAGACAAAUGCCACAGGUAUUAUCUAUCUCUACACAGAUCGGGAGCCUUCAGAAACUAAAUGUUUCUUUGCUUGCACAUGGCUCACCAACAGGCGAGACUUCAGGGUAUUAAGGUGUUCCUUCCCUUUUUUGAGUCUUAUGUUUUGGAAACCUUGCAAGGUUGAUAAAGUGGGAACAGGUGUUUAUAAAGCAGAAUUGUCAAAGCCAUUAUUGGGAUGGAAGGGUUUCUUUAUUGAGGUAACUUUCAAAGGACCUGAGAAGGAUAAGCAUGUUUUCACCUCAGAGGUUCAAAUCAUCCCAGACACGUUUCCAUGUGCAGACUGCAAGGGAGAAGGAUGCUAUGGGAAGCUGGUGUGAAACCCUGCAGAGACACGGUGGCUCCUGUUGCUGACAGCAUCCAUGAGGGAAGACAUAAGAGGCAUUUGGAAAAGCAUGCAGAGAAGCGGGUGGACAGAGAAGGAACCUCAUGCAGAGAAAGCAGACAGGUCCCACUUAAACUAAAAUGCAAUAGGUGCAGGGGUGGGCAGCUUGGUGUCAUGGGGUCAGUGAGGGUGUCACUCAGGAUCAGGAGACCUAACCAAGGAGCAGAUGUUGGGGGAAUGGGGAAUGGGUAGGGUGGUUGUAUGAAGAAUAUUUGACAUGGGAGGAAGAGGCUGGUUAUAUAGAAUUAUGAACAAGUAAAUACAAUACAAAAGGGACACGGGUGGCGCUGUGGUCU